AUGGGCCCAAAGGUUGUCAUCAAACGUCAUUUAAUACAUCCAAAGUAUGGUUUUGAGCAUGCUUUCGAUUUUGACGUACAGUUAUUACUGUUACAAAGAAAACUGCACUUUAGUGGAAGAAUAUCAAACAUUCAGAUCAGUAAAGAAUGUGGAGACAACAUCGCUGUGACUGGAUGGGGAUACCCUAUAGAAAGAGGUGACUACAAAGACAUACUUCAACAAGUUAGAAUACCGAUUGUACCAAUCAAUGAGUGUCAACAGAUCAAAGAAUUCUGGUACAAUCACACGCUUACGACCAGAAUGUUCUGUGCGGGCGGGGAAGAUGGUGACGCGUGUCAAGGUGACAGCGGCGGUGCAGCGGUGUCGUUCGGCAAGCUCAUCGGUUUGUCGUCCUUCGGUUAUGGCUGUGGUCGGAAAGUACCAGGAGUGUAUACCAACGUAUCGAAUGCUCAAAUCAUGUCUUGGAUACAGCGAUAUAUACCAAUAUAA